GGCGCUGGCAAUGUGCAGAUGUUCCCCGGGGAGACGGUGAACAUUCUGUAUGCGUGGGCAUUUGACUUCCGCCCCUGCCUUGAGGAGCUCCACUUCAGCAACAGCAACAGCUACAUCCGGGGCAACAACACCUGCGUCCCUGCUGCCACCAUCUAGCGCUCCCACUAAGGAGCCUCAUUGACUUCGGAUUUCGGAACUACGCCAAACCGAACGCAUCAACACGGGAUCGUGGAGGAACCGGGUUCGAAGCCGACCUUCCGAGCACCAUAUCGGCUCAGCCCUACGGAGCUGACUGACAUGAAAAAACAAAUCGAGUAUCUCCUAGCCAAAGGACUCAUCCGACCAUCCACUUCGCCGUACGGUGCCCCAGUACUCUUCACACCGAAACCGGACGGAAGCCUGCGCAUGUGCAUCGACUACCAAGCUCUUAACAAGCAGACCAUCAAGAAUAAAUAUCCGAUACCGCGAAUCAAUGACCUGCUUGACCAGCUUCGGGGAGCUACGGUAUUUUCCAAACUGGAUCUGCGGUUCGGAUACUGGCAGAUACGCAUGGCGGACAACUCUAUCCACAAAACUGCUUUCCGAACUCGGUAUGGAUCGUACGAGUAUUUGGUAAUGCCAUUCGGACUCACCAACGCACCGGCAACGUUCCAAGCCGAAAUGAACCACAUUCUACGACCACUUUUGGACGAGUGCGUGGUGGUGUACCACUCACGAAUCUGCUGAAGAAGAACAUGCCCUACAAAUGGG